CGGAGGCAGGCCGUUAACUUGUGGUUGGAUUAUCCGCGGAGGGAUUCGAUCAGAAGUGGUUUUGUGGCCUGGGGAAAGUAGUUGCUUUUACAGAAUAAGCUCCGAGGCUAUAUCCUUUUUCGGUGGGGUUGUUUUUACGAGGAGGGUCAUCUCAUCGCUUCGACCAAGUUCGCUUCUUGGAGAUGGCGGCCAAGGCUGGCAAGAAGAAGGCGCCCGCCACUGCUGCGGCUAAAGCUCCUGCGAAGGAAAAGGCGAAGAAGGAGAAGGUCCCGUCAACGAAGGCAAAGUCCACGACAACAAGGACAACGAGAAAGAGCUCGUCCCCGAAACCUGCUCCUGCGGCCUCUUCUCCACCCAAGAAGGGCUCGAGGGCGCCUAUGACGCAUCCGCCUUACCUCCAGAUGAUCACGGAAGCCAUCUCGACGCUCAAGGACAGGACGGGGUCCAGCCAGCCCGCCAUCGCCAAGUUCAUCGAGGAGAGGUACGAGAAGGAUCUCCCGGAGAACUUUCGGAAGCUACUGUCGGUCCAGCUCAAGAAGCAGAUAAAGCAGGAGAAUCUGGUCAAGGUGAAGGGCUCGUACAAGCUGUCCCAGGAGCUCAAGCAGGCCAGCAAGAGCAGCAACAGUGCGGCGCCCAAGGCGCCAGCCAAGGCCAGCGACACUACCGAGACCGAGAGUAAGAAGAAGAAAGCUAGCGCUACCACGGGCACUGCUGCCACUACUACUGCGAAACCAAAGGUGACCAAGGGAGGUAAAGAGGCCAAGGCAGCGCGGACAGUCAAGGCAGCGAAGGCAGUGGCAACGAAGAAGGCGGCGAAAUCGCCAUCGCCAUCGCCAUCCCGGGGCAAGUCGCCGAGAUCGAAAGCGCAGUCGCCAUCGCCAGCGAAAGCUUCUUCGGCCAAGGGGGGAAGCAGGAAGACGAAGGCGUCCAGCGCUGGAUCGCCAAAGAAGAAGGCCAGAACCAAGGCGAGCAAGUAGAGGGAGGAUGGAUGGAGAUCAUGGGCGGAUGGAGAUCAUGGACGGGGAUUAAUUUUUUUUUGGGUGCUUUUUGUAACAUAUACCACCAGCUCAGCCUAGCUCUUGACUGUUUGUGAUUGAUGCUUUCUUCUCUUCCAAAUUGUCUUUCCUCGUUUUCACUUCUACAAUUGAGCUCCUCUGGAAUUUGUUUCGUUGGUA